ACUGUUACGCACUGUCUUCCGUGACUCAGGAGUGUCCAUGGUGCAGAAUCGGGUGCCAUAGCACAUCCAUAGACGUGGCCGUCGUAUGCUGUGCUGCGUUCGCUCGGCUGGCGCAGUGUCCCGUGUGGAGCGAGAGAGGGCGAAGUUUACUCUGCCUGCAUUGCAGCCUGAGCGCUGCUGGAAUCGAACACAACAAUGGCGUCUCCCAGUUCCAACAGCAACUCAACAACCUCCAACAGCAACAUCGCAGGAUCCACCUCGCACCAUCAUCACCCGCAAACACAACACAUGACCACCGUCAGCAACAUGCAAGAAAUCAACACGUGCUGGAGGUGUCAAAACGAAACAGGGUUUCAGAUAAGCCUGUCUGGAGUGCCCCAAAGUAAACGUAAAGCCCUGAAGCUGAACUUCGCCAACCCUCCAGUGAAGCCAGCUACCAGGUUGCCCCUCAAUCCCUCACCUUCAACUGCCCCCUCCUUCCAGAACCCACACAUAGAGCGUAUGAGGACACACAGUAUCGAGUCGUCGGGGAAGCUGAAGAUUUCUACAGAGAAUGCCUGUGACUUCACGGCCGAGGACCUGAGGGACCUGGGGGAGAUCGGCCGCGGGGCCUACGGCUCCGUCAACAAGAUGCAGCACAAACCCAGUGGACAGAUCAUGGCCGUCAAGAGGAUCCGUUCCACGGUGGAUGAGAAGGAGCAGAAGCAGCUGCUGAUGGAUCUAGACGUGGUGAUGAGGAGUAGUGACUGUCUCUAUAUCGUCCAGUUUUACGGAGCUCUCUUCAGAGAGGGCGACUGUUGGAUAUGUAUGGAACUAAUGUCUACCUCAUUCGACAAAUUCUACAAAUAUGUAUAUUGUUCGUUAGAUGACGUCAUUCCAGAGGAAAUAUUAGGCAAAAUCACAUUAGCAACCGUUAAAGCACUGAACCACUUAAAAGAAAACUUGAAAAUAAUUCACAGAGACAUCAAACCUUCCAACAUUCUCAUGGAUCGUAACGGCAACAUCAAGUUGUGUGACUUUGGCAUCAGCGGCCAGCUGGUGGACUCAAUAGCCAAGACCAGAGACGCAGGCUGCAGACCCUACAUGGCUCCGGAGAGGAUAGACCCCAGUGCUUCCAGACAAGGCUACGACGUCCGAUCAGACGUGUGGAGUUUGGGGAUAACCCUGUACGAGCUUGCCACCGGCAGGUUCCCCUACCCCAAGUGGAAUAGUGUGUUUGAUCAGCUGACCCAGGUGGUGAAGGGCGAGCCACCCCAGCUCUGCAACUCUGAAGACAGGCAGUUCUCCCCCAAGUUCAUCAACUUUGUCAACUUAUGCCUUACAAAGGAUGAGUCAAAACGGCCAAAGUACAAGGAGCUCCUGAAACACCCGUUCAUCCUGAUGUACGAGGAGAGGUGUGUGGAUGUGGCCAGCUACGUGUGUCGCAUCCUGGACCAGAUCCCAGCGUCCCCCAUCUCACCCAUGUACCUGGACUGACUGGGGGGGGGGGCACUUUACACCGCAACACACAUGCCGGGGGGGGAACAGUACACCGCAUGACAUCUUAGCCCUCGGAUACAGAGUUACAAUAGUAUCAUCUGUUUGUUUCCAUGUUCCAAAGAACACGAGAACAAUUUCAUAUAAAAAAUGUAUCGCCCUGUGCAAUACGAUAAUACACACACACUCACGCUUGUUCAGUGUCAAUUAAAAUAUCUAGAUUAUCCUCCCGUCUUCAGACAGCUAAACUUGAAGACAUUCAGUUGGCUCAACGUAUGUACGACGUUCAUCUUUUUUUAUGUGCUAGAAAAAAGGGUUAGAGUACAUAUACUGUAUAUGUACAGGUGUGUGUGUGUGUGUAUGUAUAUAAAUAUAUAUCUUAGUACCAGUCAAAAGUCUGGACGCCUACUCAUUCCAAGGGUUUUCUUUAUUUUAACAAUUUUCUACAUGGUAGAAUAAUAGGGAAGACAUCAAACUAUGAAAUAACACUUAUGGAAUCAUGUAGUAACCAAAAAAUGUGUUAAACAAUAAAAUACUUUUGUUUGUUUUUUGUUUUGAGAUUCUUCAAAGUAGCCACCCUUUGCCUUGAUGACAGCUUUGCCCACUCUUGGUAUUCUCUCAACCAACUUCAUGAGGUAGUCACCUGGAAUGUAUUUUAAGUGUAUCUACUUUUACUGGUACUAUAUAUUUACGCACACACACAUACUUGAAAAUCGAUGUAAACGAAUACAGAACUUACCAAAUAAACAUGUUGGAAAGUGAUGCUCAUAA